AUGGGCGCUGGUGGCGUUCCCGUGUUCAGCCCCAAAAAGUUGCAUAGACGCCUAGGUAACAUGCUCAGCAAGGAUGCCCACGGUGCCGUCUACUCUCUCAGGGGAUGCCCCUACCUCGCCGUGAGAGAGAUCCGGCUUGAUGGUCUGGAUCAGCACAGUGUAGAUGCCAUUCGGCGUAGGCUGACCGCUCUUCUAGGCACCCUUCACCCAGACGUUCUCAAAUACCACCAGGUGCUUACAGAUGGCAACACGAUCCUUGUUGUCACAGACCGCUGCUGUGGAGACCUCCGGCAGUUCAUCACCGACUACAAAGACAUUCACGAACCUAUUCCCAGCGAGCUGAUGCUCUCCCUUCUGGGGCAGCUGGCUGGCGCCCUUGCCCACCUCCACGGGCUCAGCAGAGGUGCCCACAACGGCCUGCCCUCUAGCGUUGUCCUCGAGCCCGACAACGUCAUGUUCGCUGGGGACGGGCGGCGUGUUGUUCUUGCAGACUUCGGGUUCUGCGAGGGCAUAUCGAGCGGAGCUGCGAAGGCUGGCGACCCCGCGUACAUGGCCCCCGAGACACUCCUCAGCGGUGACACGACCGCCGCAUCCGACGUCUGGAGCCUUGGGGCCGUCGCAUACGAGCUCGCCACCCUGAGGAAGCCGGACUUCCUGGGGGGCAGAGAACCAGAGGAUGUCUUCGUCGAUGGAUGGAGGUCGAACCUGAGCGGUGUCGCAGACGACCUCGCAAGGAACGUCCUUGAGAGGAUGCUCGUCCUCGAUCCCGCCGAGAGGCCGACUGCCAGGGGGCUCGUCCGUCUACUUCGGAGGCCUGGCAUCUCUGCUGAUGAACAAGAGGCCCAAGACACAAGGCUAAAGGAGGUGCGUGCAGCCUUUGUAGAAGCCUUGAAUAGGGCCAACAACAAAACAGUAACUCUCGAAAAGGAUCCCACUAAUAGCGCCGCAAAAGUGGACUCCAUUAGGAGACACUAUGCUGUUGCUGCCAAGCUAUUUGAAGAGAUGCAGGAGAUUAAAACAGAGACGGAUAAGACAGACGAAAUGGAGGAGUCAGAAGAACCAGAGAAGCACCUAAUAGAGGAGGACGACUCCACCGACCUCAUGAGGGCUGUCGACAGAAACGACGUGGAGGCUGUGAAGGCCCUCAUACCACUCCAGGGGGGCAUGAAGAUGAAGGGAUGCGCACUUGUAGGUGACUGGAAGAUAUACGAGGGAACUGCCCUGAUGAGAGCGGCGGUAUACGGACACGCAGGGAUCGUGGAGCUGCUCGCGGAGAAAGAGAAGGGACUGAAAGAUAGCAACGGGUGGACGGCCCUCAUGUGGGCUGUGAAGAACGAUCACACAGACUGUGUCAGGCUCCUCAUGAGAGAGAAGGACUUGAAGGGUUAUAAUGGGGGGACUGCCCUUGACAUGGCUAAGUUAUGGAGACGCCAUGAGAUAGUCGCCCUCCUCUCAGAGUAA